UAAUUGGACUCGAUCCGACCCCGUGAUCCCAUCCCUAUAAAAUCGAAUCGUAUCGAUCUGCAAGCUUCGAGGGGGCAGCCGAUCUGAGAGAUUUCGACCGGUCGAUGGGAAUGAGGAAGCCGGUGAUGGAUCUCGCGGUGUCGGUGGCUGCGCUUCUGCUGUGCUUCGGCGUCGCCGGAGUCGCGUCGGACGCCUCCAAUCACCGGUACAAGAAGGGCGACCACGUUCCCCUCUACGUCAACAAAGUCGGCCCUUUCCAUAACCCUAGUGAGACGUAUCGUUAUUUUGAUCUACCAUUUUGCACCCCAGAGCAUGUGACGGAGAAAAAAGAAGCACUUGGAGAAGUUCUGAAUGGGGACCGUUUGGUAGAUGCCCCAUACAAGCUUGACUUCAAUACAGACCAAAAGUAUGAAUUGCUUUGCAAAAAGAAUCUCUCAAAAACAGAUGUUGCCAAGUUCAGGAGUGCAGUCUCCAAGGACUAUUACUUCCAGAUGUACUAUGAUGAUCUUCCUCUCUGGGGAUUCAUUGGAAAGGUUGACAAGGAAGGUAAAGACGUUGGGGAGUACAGGUACUUCCUCUAUCAGCGCUUCCACUUUGAUGUCUUCUACAACAAUGACAGGGUGAUUGAGAUUACCGUUCACACCGACCCCAAUAUCAUGUUGGAUGUGACAGAAGAUAAGAAUAUUGAAGUGGAAUUUGUGUAUUCUGUUAAGUGGAAGGAGACCACCAUAUCCUUUGAGAAGAGGAUGGAGAAAUAUUCCCAGACUUCUUCACUACCUCAUCACCUUGAGAUCCAUUGGUUUUCCAUUAUAAAUUCUUGUGUGACAGUUCUUCUCUUGACUGGAUUCCUUGGCACAAUCCUCAUGCGGGUGCUGAAGAAUGAUUUUGUCAAGUAUGCACAUGAUGAAGAGUCUGCUGAUGAUGAAGAAGAGACUGGCUGGAAAUAUAUCCAUGGUGAUGUCUUUAGGUUUCCAAAGUACAAGUCUCUGCUGGCUGCUUGUGUUGGUUCUGGCACACAGUUAUUUACUCUCACAAUUUUCACUUUCAUUCUUGCACUUGUUGGGGUUUUCUACCCGUACAAUCGUGGGGCUCUUUUUACUGCACUUGUGGUCAUUUAUGCACUUACCUCUGGGAUUGCUGGAUAUGCUGCUACCUCUUUUUAUUGUCAACUAGAAGGGACAAACUGGGUGAGGAAUUUGCUAUUGACUGGAUGCCUUUUCUGUGGGCCUCUGUUCCUCACAUUUUGCUUUCUUAACACUGUUGCGAUUGUAUAUAGUGCCACUGCAGCACUACCAUUUGGGACUAUGGUUGUUAUUGUCCUCAUUUGGACGUUGGUGACCUCUCCGCUACUAGUCUUAGGUGGAAUUGCAGGCAAAAACAGCAAAUCAGAGUUUCAAGCACCUGUUCGCACAACAAAAUAUCCUAGAGAGAUUCCAGAGUUGCCAUGGUAUCGACAUGCUGUUCCGCAGAUGAUAAUGGCUGGUUUUCUUCCUUUCAGUGCAAUCUAUAUUGAGCUUUACUACAUAUUUGCAAGUGUUUGGGGGCACAGAAUAUAUACUAUAUAUAGCAUCCUAUUCAUCGUCUUCAUCAUCCUUGUCAUUGUCACUGCGUUUAUUACCAUCGCGCUGACCUACUUUCAACUUGCCGCUGAAGAUCACGAAUGGUGGUGGAGGUCUUUCCUAUGCGGAGGAUCAACUGGCCUCUUUGUCUACGGAUACUGUUGGUACUAUUACUAUGCUCGCUCCGACAUGUCGGGUUUCAUGCAGACCUCCUUCUUCUUCGGCUACAUGGCUUGCAUCUGCUACGGCUUCUUCUUGAUGCUUGGCAUGGUUGGCUUCCGUGCAGCUUUGCUCUUCGUCCGUCACAUAUACCGAUCCAUCAAGUGUGAGUAGAUUAGGAAUGAGAAGUAUCAGCUUCGACUUCCUUUCAAGUAAGGAGAAUUUACUCGAUAUGUUCACUGCAUUCGUUCUACGUGGGAAUUAUAGUGGUCGUCUUUUUUUUUUUUGUCAUUAUCGAUCAAUUUUCGUCUCGUCAACUUGUAUGUUUGUAAGGCCUAUAGAACGUGCAUUCUUGAGAUUUGUAAGACAGAAUUUUUGGAAUCACACUGUACUAAGAAUUUAUUUCCCUCUUUUUUGGCCAUACAUGUGUUGUACUUCCUAGAAUAAUGACUAAUAAACAAUAUUAUGUUCAUGAUUAAGCUCUUUA